ACGGGUGACGUAAACAUUAAGCCUAAAAUUUGAAAAGUGUAGGAUAUAGACGGUGCAUAUAUUUUAAUGUAUCAAUUUCCUAGUUGUUUAAUGCUAAAUUAGCUAUCGCACUUAGUAUAACCAAUCGCAUUGCAAGGAAGGAAGGCGUUGGAGUUCUUUUUGGUGCUAAUUGAGAAAUGUUAGAAGCGGAUAUCAAUAAGUGUAAUUAGAAGAAAGGCUUAAAAACUACUAAAUUUUAAUUUAAAUAUUUAAAAGAUCUUUAGAAUGCAAUGCUUCCCCGUCGUCGAUAUGUUGGUGUAUCAGAGCGGCCGAUUCCUGUUGCAGAAGUAGAACCAUACAAUAAACUUGAUAAGAAGGGAACACACUUUCCUUCACAAUCGCCAAGUACUCAUUUCGAGAAAAGUUCCACUGACGGUUUAAGCGGUCAAAGUUUUGAUUUUGAUUUGCUAGAAGAGUUUGUAUUUGAACCUAUAAUGGCGGCCAGGGAUAGGACACAAGAAUUUUCAGCUGCUGUUCGUAGCCUUCAAGGUCGCACUUUAGCUAGACCAAUUGUUAAAGAUGACCGUAAAGCAGCUGUCCUUGCCACAUAUUCGCAAUUCAUGAGUAUGGCUAAGGUGAUAAGCAAAAAUAUUACUAGCACAUAUGCUAAAUUGGAGAAACUAGCUUUGCUUGCAAAGAAAAAGUCACUAUUUGAUGACCGACCAACAGAGAUACAAGAAUUAACUUAUAUAAUCAAAGGAGACCUCAACUCUCUCAAUCAACAGAUUGCUCGCUUGGGUGAAAUGCCAAGAGGUCGCAAAAGUAUGCAUAGCCACUCCUCAAGUGUUGUGUUAGCUCUACAAUCACGUCUUGCAUCAAUGAGCAAUCAGUUUAAACAGGUGUUGGAAGUCAGAUCAGAGAAUUUGAAACUUCAAAAUAGCAGACGAGAGCAGUUUUCAAGCUCAGCACCUAUUGUCAAGGAGGUGCCGUCACUCCUACGUGCAGAUGAUGUCAGCAUUGAUCUUGGGGAAGCUCCAUUACAAGCCCAACAGAUGGCACUGAGAGAUGACAGUGACACUUAUGUGCAACAACGAGCGGAGACAAUGCACAACAUAGAAAGUACUAUUGUGGAAUUAGGAGGAAUAUUCCAGCAGUUGGCACAUAUGGUGAAAGAACAGGAUGAAGCAAUCGGGAGAAUUGACACAAAUAUUGCGGAAGCAGAAAUGAAUGUGGAAGCUGGGCACAGGGAAAUAAUGAAAUAUUUCCAAAGUGUUACUGGUAAUCGAGCAUUGAUGUUUAAAGUAUUUGGUGUGCUGAUAUUUUUCUUUAUUUUCUUUGUGGUAUUUAUGGCUUAAUUUCUUAAAUUCAAAAUAUAUCUGUAAUAUUAAUUAUAGUAGUAUGUAUACAACUUUACUUUGUAUUUCAACCCAUUCUAUAAACAAUUAUUAGUUGUCAGAUUUUUUUGUUGCAUUGUUAAGAUUACUGAUGUUAGUUGGUAUGUCUAAGAAAAUAGGUAAUAUUAUAAAUAUAGAUAAUAUUAUAUAUAUAUAUAUAUACACUCUGAAAACCUUUCAUUUUUUUUUAAAUUUCGACCCUGAAUACCAGUCUUUAAACAAAUAUUGGCAUUUAAAUUCUGCAUUAGUAAAUAUCAUUUCUACUUUAAGAUAGAUUAUUAAGUUCAAACAAUUAUGUAUA